UGCAUUGCCCACGGCCAGUGCUGCGGACGUCGAUCCUACACAAACUCCAUGAAAUUUACUCACUACAUUUAAUGUUAACUUUGCGCGAAACAAACUGUUAUCAUUCUUUAAUCGCGAUAUGGCCGCUACCGAUGGCCAAAUAAUAUUGGCCGCAUCCCGUUUCGGGGAUACAGCAACAUCGCCGCCGGUCUAUUUGCGUGACUUUUCCAAACAAAAACUACCGGCUGUUGCGAAAAUUGUCAAAGGUCAACAUCAAAAUUUGGGCGUACCCACCCUAUCGGCACCCUCGCUACAAAGUACCGCCCUAUUCCUGAGCUCUGGCAAAAAAUAUCAAAUUCUAGCCCAGCCGAUUAAAUUGAAAGAGGGCCGCAAGCCGACAAAUGUUGGUGCUAAAGUUCUAAUACCCGAAACAUAUCCCGGUUUCUUUGAACUGCUCAGCGAAGAUGGUCGUUCGACACGAUGCAUUGAAUCGGUAUUGGAAUUAUCGAAGCGACGUAAUUGUCGAGUGUUGGUGCGUGAAACAUUUCGUUGUCCCACAAUGAAUCGGACCAUACAUGCUGGUGAAUUGCUGACCACCAUGAAUGACAAUGGCAAAGUGCUGCAGUGCAGGAACAUUAAGGAUGAGAUCAUAAAUUUGCCACUCGAUACCAAAGCGAAAUUUUCACCGAUAGCUAAGGAGGAUAGUAUUAGUGGUGUACAUACGGUGAAGAAUCUGCUGCUAAAGCGUAUGCCAAUAGUUGUUAGAUUAGUUCACGGAAGCGUACCCAAGGGUCUAAAACAACCAUUCGUUCCCGAAAUGCGUCUGCUGGGCUGUGUCGAAAUCGAUCGCAUCUUCGCCCUACCCCUGCAAAAGGACAACGAUCUGGUGCCAGUUCCACUCAAUGCAAAAAUCAAAUUGCAACGAGCCAAAAAUAUGGAUCAACUGGAACAUUUCAUCGAGUACAGCCGUUUCCUCGACAAAGCACAGCGUUUGCUGUGCGAUGCUCGUGAUCGCUUGCAAGUCGUCGAUAUCAAGUUGUCCGAGAAGGAGAAAAAGGACUCGAAAUUUAGUAAUCGUAAUAAAUUACCCGUGGUUAUGUUGCCAUCAGCGGCCGGUGUGGCAUAUGUGGCCAAUGGCUUGCUCGAGAAUGGUUAUAUUCUGAAACGUAGUGCCAGCUGUGAUUCGUACAGUAAAAAUCCACCACCCGCCGAAAUAUCGGAAGAAUACAAGGACAUCGAUCAUAUCUAUGACUAUGUACGGGGUUUGGCUCCACUGACGAAAGCUUUAUCGCGAUUUGAGCCGAUUAAUGAGACGCCCACAAUUAAGUCACAGUAUACCGACAGUAGCGGUAAUUACUGCAGUCUGAUACGUGUUAACCCGAAUUCAAAUGGCCAUAAUAACAAUAACAACAACAACAACAAUUCGAAUAGCAAUAACAACAGUUUAAAUAACAGUGGUGGCAAUAUUAGCAACAACAACAACAAUUAUAGUAGUCUAGAAUCGAACAAGCACACCAACACGAACAGCAGUCACAACAGCAGCAGCAAUCACAGCCAUCACCAUCAUCACUCGCAUCAUCUGCCACCGGCCGUCAGCGGCCAUCAUCAUCACCACCCGAAUCACUCACAUAAUCAUCUGACACCCACCAGCGGUCAUGUAGUCAAUCAUUACCAACACAGUCAUGUCCAGGAGGACAUUAAGCCAGUGCCACCACCUAUCGAGACAAUUCCGGGUAAAAAAUUACCCGAGAAACGACAGCGACCCACACUACCAAAGCUUUACUUGAAAAAUACACACAGUGCUGGCAGCAGCAGUGGUGGCGGAGGUGGCAUGAGCGGUGGUGGCAACACCAACACAAGCAGUUCGAAUGGUAGUCACCAUCAUUCACAUCAUCACCACCAGCAACAACAUCACAGCCAUCAUCAUAGUCAUCAGGCGUCGGCGGUGGUUAAUGUUAACGCCUCGGCGUCUGCCGCCGUUGUGGCAGCUGUAGCGGCCCAUCAUCAUACGCACCAUCAUCCGCAUCACAAUAACGGUACGAGUGGUGGUCGCGUCUUAACGCCAAGCAAUCAUCAUCACUCCCCCCUGAAUGGUGUUGUAGGUGGAGCACCGUUAAGUGCUGGCAUUUUGAAUAAGGAUUGUGGCAUGGAACCACAAUCGCCACUGUUUCAUAUUCGUUACAAAAGUCUCAGUAGUCUGCAAUUGACACCCGAUAGCACCUCCAUUUCACCGCCGAUCUCAACCAAUCCCAAAGGUCAAUCCAUAGUCGCACCAUCCGAUCUAGUAGUACUUAAAUGUAGUAGCAACAGCAACAACAACAUCAGCUGCCAUCCAGCACCAUUACCGCUGAGUAAAAGCUCCAGUACAACGGGUGGCCUGACGGGUAUGCUGCACUCAUCACAUCCACAUAAUCCGCGUGAAGGUACCCUCGACUCGUCGCGCAGCGGUGGACGUACAUCGGGCGAUUCGAAUAAAUUGCCCGAAAAGAAAACGAGACGUUUGUCGAGGCCUCGUAGUUUAUCGAAUUUAGUCUGGGAUCUAAGGCCAUCCAAAGAAAAGUCCAAAAAGAAACUUUACAUCCAUCAUUUCGAUCAUCGUCAACAGGCGACAUUGUAUUUGUAGUAGU